AUGGUCGAGAGUGGUGUCCCCCAGGGUUCAGUGCUGGGAUCCAUUUUGUUCCUUAUCUACGUGGACGAUGCCGCAAGAGCUUUAGACUGUGAAGUAGCAAUGUUUGCCGAUGACAUGAAGGUAUGGAGUGUAAUUCGGGAUCCUGCCGAUGAAGAGAGACUGCAGAUGAACCUGAAUCGGUUGGAGGAGUGGUCAAACCGUUGGCUCCUGCGGUUCAACGUUGCCAAAUGUAGCAUACUUCGCCUAGGCAACACAGCCAGUUCGGCCAGCACAGGAGACUACUUUCUGGGCGGUGCAGCCCUACAAGAGGUCGAAGUCAAAAAGGACCUCGGUGCUCUGACGGCAAGUUCUCUAAAGCCAUCCGCCCAUUGUUCGAGGGUCGCAAAAAAACGCAAUGUCUGUAUUCUACGCCAUCAAGCGUGCGUUUAUGGACUUUGACGAAGAUGCUUUCUCAAAGACAUUCGGAACAUUCGUUCGGCCGCAUUUAGAGUACGGCAUACAAGCCUGGAGUCCGUGGGCUGUUGUGGAUCAAAACUGCCUCGAAAGAGUCCAGAGGAGAGCCACGAAGAUGGUUAGGGGUCAAAUCUCCUUUCCUUAUGCAACCCGCCUAGUAAAUCUGAACCUCUUUCCUUUGAGUUACAGGCAACUUCGCGGGGAUCUCUUGCAAGCCUUCCGCAUUGUUAAGGGGUUGGAUUACAGUCUGGCCUUCCAGGAGUUCUUUGAAUUUGCUACCUCGACCAACUUCCGAGGUCACCCGUUCAAACUGCGCACUCAGCAAGCAAUGCUGGAUGUGCGGAAAUUCUCCUUUUAUGUUCGAGUGGUCAAACCAUGGAAUGCCCUUCCCGCAAAUGUUGUGAUGUCACCAUCUAUACAAACUUUUAAAAAGAAUUUGGACAUAUUUAUGUUCCGAAAUUACGAAGAGCGAUGA